AUGGAUACAGUUGAAAAAGAAGAACGUCUUCACCGCAUAAAAGCUGGUGCAUUUUUAGCUACAGUGGCUGGAAUCUCAGCUUUCAUUGGCUUCGGUGCUACUCUGGCCAAAGCAAGGAAAACUGAUCCUAAAUACUUCAGCAAGGGUUUACAUGGCAGUGCAGAGCUAGCUGAUGCAGGUGCUAUCCUUGCCUUACGAGCUCUUGGAUGGGGCACAGUUUAUGCCAUUGCAGGCACUUCAUUUUUAUGUUAUGGCAUUUGGAAGUUGUCUGGUGCAAAAGAUUUGAAGGACUUCAGAGUGAAAAUGGGUAACAUGUUACCAGUUUUACCAAAGAACAAUCCACCUACAUCACGAACAGAGUUCACAGGUUUAAACGAUAUAAUGACAUAUGUAGCAGAAGAAUAUGGGAAACCUAAGGAAAAAUAA